AUGAAAAGCUCAAAUUUUAAACGAAUAAGUAUAAAACUCCAUUUGGCGUCCAUUAAAAUAAUUCAUUGGAAAUCAUUCGGCAUGAUUGACAGCAAUUCUCAUUGUAAUAUGCGUAGCCACAAAGUUUGCUUUUCAACACCAUGUUACAGUUGGGAAACUCAUCGCGGCAGCUUGGAUCGUCAUCAUUUUGAAUCAUGUCUACGCGAGGGUCAAUUUACCUGA